GUGUAAACACCUACACGGAACAGAAUCGAGGAGAAGGGCUGCAGGCGGCAGGACCGCGCAGAUUUCCUUUGCUAAUUCAUCAGCUUUGAAUGGGAAAGCUUGCAUGAUACACCCUCUGCUGACUCGGUGGCCUAGCAAGGUAGAGUCUGGAAGAAAAAGACAGUCCUGGUUGUUUCAUUGUUUGCAAAGGGGACGGAGGAGGCAGCUCGUCAGCGCCUGUCGACGACCAUGGCAGCAGCGACCGUUGUGGAGGCUGAUCCGGCGACGAGCGAAGGAGGCGCCGCUUUCUCCGGCGUCCAGAGCAGAGACUGGGAUGAAUCUCAACUCCGAAAAUAUUCUUUCCCAACCAAACCCAUCCCCAGACUGUCUCACACGGACCCCAGAGCAGAGAUGCUGAUUAAUAACGAGGAGCCAGUGGUUUUAACGGAUACAAACCUUGUGUAUCCAGCUCUCAAAUGGGACAUUGCCUACCUCCUGGAGAACAUUGGAAAUGGAGACUUCUCUGUUUACACUGCGGAAAACCACAAAUUUCUCUACUAUGAUGAGAAGAAAAUGUCAAAUUUUGAGAACUUUGUCCCCAAGUCACAACGAAUGGAAAUGAAAUUUUCCGAAUUUGUGGAUAAAAUGCAUAAAACGGAGGAAAUGGGAGGAGAGGAAAGAGUAUAUCUGCAGCAGACUCUGAAUGACACAGUAGGGAAGAAGAUUGUUGUUGACUUCCUUGGUUUCAACUGGAACUGGAUCAACAAGCAGCAAGCCAAGAGAAACUGGGGCCAGCUGACAUCUAACCUGCUGCUCAUAGGCAUGGAGGGCAACGUGACGCCAGCACAUUAUGACGAGCAGCAGAACUUCUUUGCACAGAUCAAAGGACAUAAGAGAUGUAUCCUUUUCCCUCCAGACCAGUUCGAGUGUCUCUAUCCUUACCCUGUGCAUCACCCCUGUGACAGACAGAGUCAAGUGGAUUUUGAUAACCCAGACUAUGAGAGGUUUCCCAAUUUUAAAAACGUUGUUGGCUAUGAGGCUGUUGUGGGCCCAGGAGACGUGCUCUACAUCCCUAUGUAUUGGUGGCAUCACAUUGAAUCACUGUUGAACGGUGGAGUGACAAUCACUGUAAACUUCUGGUACAAAGGCGCCCCCACACCCAAGAGGAUAGAAUACCCUCUGCGAGCUCACCAGAAGGUGGCCAUCAUGAGAAAUAUUGAGAAGAUGCUGGGAGAAGCACUUGGAGACCCACAUGAGGUUGGACCUUUAUUGAAAACGAUGAUCAAGGGGCGAUAUGAGCAGGAUCAUAGUUAGAGCCCCACCCUGAAAAACGUUGACUGGACUGCUUCAGAAACUGUAUGCGUGUGAAAGUGAGACUGCUGCGUGUGUAAUGCGCGUCCUGACUUUGGAGCUACAUAUCACUGCAUGGCAAAUAAGCGACCAUCUUGAAACCAUUCUGCUUCAGUCGUCUCCGAGUGCCAUUGUCAUUGCGAAUACGACAGUUAGAGAAGAAGCAUCUGAACGGCUCAUGGGAAUUCGCCCGACUUGAAGAGGCCCUUUCUCUUCUGGCUCAAGUCUAGAUAUGUUGAUGCGAUUCAGUGUUCUGUCAACAGUCUCACAAUUGAAGUUAAUGGUUAUUUGGGUGUAUUUGCUCACCCAGUCAGUAAACAAGUGAGAUCGGUACCUAUGGAGCAACCUCAAUAUUUUGACCACUAAUGGAUGAGUCAAUGGGUAUUAUAUAUAUAUAUAUAUAUAUAUAUAUAUAAAGUAGACAUCAGCCAAAUACAGGACAUUUCUUAGAUACAUUUAAAAACACAGUUGUGGCUUGAUUAUUAAAUGUGGAGUGACCAUAUUAUAUUCUGUCUUUAUCGCAGAGACAGUUUAACAGCAGAUAAGAUUCAUACCUGUAAAGGUGACAGGUCUUUUUAAGUGUCUUUGGAAUAUUUAUCUGUGUAAUCUACAUUAUCUCUACGUCCACAAAUGACAUGGUUUCAGGGAGUGAUCAGAGAGAAUUUUCUGUUGCAAAGAAGACAGCAUAGGCACAGUAGUGAAAGACAGAAUUUACAGUGAUUAAAAACAGUGGUGAAAUAUGAUCAGAAAUAUGUGUGGGCGUACAAAAAGGGCGUUCAUAUAUUCAGCUGAAGGAAUAUGUGAUGGCUUGCAGCUAAAUUAUUUUAGCAGAGUGAUCGCUUUGUGUUUUAUUUAUGGUCUUUCUUGUUUGACUUAUAUUUCAAGGACUUUAUUGGAAUUGUUAUCCUGCAUACCAGUAACAGGUUGGGAAGCGCAGAAAAUGAAUUACAUAAUGCAAGUUUAGUUGCAAAUACAGUUCACUUUCAGAAUCAAAAGAAAAUACAACAGUAAUUAAAGGUGAUGUUUUCUUAGGAAUAUGUUGUUUUGAGUGUAAAAGUGGUUUUAAGUGAGCGGCUUGAGUGAUAGAUUGAUGUGAAAAUGUUAUUAACUGAAUUAGCAGGGCCAUCAACUGGGAUGUUGCUUAUGUAUCAGCCAUUGCACUGCAACAUAAUGCACCAUCUAGUGUUCAAGUUUGCAGUUGCAUGUUCAGCUUGAUGUAUCACGUCCAUGCACUAUACUUUUACAAUUAUUCUAAAUGUUGUAUUAAAUGCAGCAGAUUUGAGAUUAGAUUUUGCUGCAUUGUGUACUAAAGUUGAAUUCCAGUUGAAAACCUGUACUUGCUCUAAUGAUGACUAUAAGUUAACAAUCAGAAAUGCACUUGUUUUUACUUUCAUGCAGCCAUAUUUUGAAGACCUUGAAGGGAGAGCAACUUGAAAGAUAGCCGUCGCUGUGCAAGUUGAAAGUGCUCUGUCUAACUGUUGUAAAAAUGAACAUCAAAACAGAAGGGGAGGAUAAUUUCAUGUUACGUUGUAUGUGGCAAACCCAACAUACAACCAGUAAAAGGGUAUCUUCAUCUUUGUUUGCCUGUGACAUGUGGAUGAAUCAGUAAAUGGUGUACUAUAAAAUAGGAACAUCCAAGCACUUCAUUCACCUUGAAAACACAGGUUUUCAAGGGUUUCUUUUGUCUAAGACUCAACUUUUAAAGUGCUGAUAAGGUGCAUAUGUUUUUCUUACAGACUGCACGAUGACCGAACAGUGCUACUUCCAAUGUAAAAGAAUUUACCUUACGUAAAACUGAUCAACUGUCAUCUUUUUAUUUUGCCAGAUUUACCGUUUACUGUAUGUGCCUUGCUUAACAUGAGUAUGGCACUAAAUGUUGCAAGAACUUCAUUUUUAUAAACUUUUAUUUUAUGGUCAAAAAUGUUUGUUUUCGCUCUAGCAUUAAACAGCUUUAAAAAGGUGAGCGUGUCAAGGGUUCAUAGAGCCAGAGGCAUGUUUUUAUUGAUGGAUGCCGGUUUUCUGUUUUGAACUUACAGUAUGUGCUCACCUUGUUCCUCUGAUUAAAGUUUGUUUGUGAAGUUCUA